UUCUCCAACGGCUAGUUCUCUUUCCCACCUCUAUAAAUACAACUAAAGCCCUCAGACUCAGUCAUCACUUGACCCCCCAAAUUUCACCUGCGUCACCCUUCUCUCUCUCUCUCUCUCUCUCUCUCUCUCUCUCUCUCUCUCUCUAGUCUUUCUGUGCUAGUGAAGCAUCGUCCAUGGCUGAUCUUGUAACUUUCCAAUAUUCUCUUUUGCUAAUGUUUCUACUCUUCAGCUUCUCUCAAGCCAAAGAGAUUUUGAUUGGUGGCAGCAAAGAUGCUUGGAAGGUCCCAUCAUCUCAAUCAGAGUCUCUCAAUGAAUGGGCUGAAAAAUCCAGAUUUCGCAUUGUUUGGCAGUACGAGAGUGGUAAGGACUCAGUUCUACAAGUGACCAGGGAUGCUUACCUUAGCUGCAAUACCUCAAGUCCAAUUGAAGAGUACAAGGAUGAGAACACCAAGGUGACACUUGAUCGAUCUGGGCCAUUCUACUUCAUCAGUGGAACCAAUGGCCACUGUGAGAAGGGCCAGAAGAUGAUUGUGGUGGUUCUGUCUCCAAGGCACAGGUACACCGGUAUCUCUCCUGCACCUUCUCCGGCAGAGUCUGAGGGUCCAGCCGUAGCUCCGACAAGCAGUGCAACAAGCUUGAAGAGUGGCUUCAUGGUGGUGCUGGGCAUUCUGCUUUUGGGGUUGUUUUGAGGAGAUAUGGCUUAUUCAUUCGGGGUCUUUUGUGGGGGAAUUAUUUCAUUCUUUUUAUGUGGUUCAUAUUAUGAUAACACAAUAAUAGUGUAUAAUACAUUGGUUUAUUCAUAA